AUGAAUGCCUACGAGGAAAGAACAAAGGUCGAUUCAGCGAUUGAAGGAAGGCGACGUCACCUUGCCGUCUACGAAUUUCUAGGCAUCUGGGCAAGCGGGAAAAGGUCGGUCAAAAGCCCCGCGCCCCGCGGGACCAAAGAACCAUGCCUACUCUAUCUGAAGUCAUUCAUCACACAACUCUCAACUCCCACUCCCACCAUGGCCGAGUCAGACUCCAUUGCCGCCAGCAUGGCCAAGCUGAAGCCCUUCAGCCGUGGAACCCGCGAGGAUGACACCGACGACGACGGUGAAAUGGUCAGCCCAGGUACCCUCGCCGGAGGGGGUCACGCCGCCCGCGACUCCCACAUCAAGCACCACCUCCGCGUCAGCCGUGCCCUCAGGGCCUACCUCGUCGAGAAGAAGAUCCUCUCCGAACAGCAAGCCGGCGUCGACCUCGACCCCGACGCCUUCACCCCCGACCUGCGCGCUUUCGUCGAGAAGCCGCACAUCCGCGUGCCGCCCGAAUGCUUCGACCGGUCCCGUCCGCUGCCCGAGUACUUUGUCAGUUCCAGUCAUAACACCUACCUCUUGGCCCACCAGCUCUACGGCAGCUCCUGCGCGACCGCCUACGACGAGGUCCUCAAGGCUGGCUGCCGCUGCGUCGAGAUCGACGCCUGGGACAACAAGGACGACCCGGACGAACCAAAAGUCACCCACGGUUGGACCCUCACCUCCAACAUCUCCUUCCGGGCCGUCUGCGAGGCCAUCCGCGACGUCCACGACCAAGAGGCCGCCGACGCCCUGGAACACCCGGACGCCGGAACCGGCUGGCAGCCCGCGCCUAUCCUGCUCUCGCUCGAGAACCACUGCGACGCCCACGGCCAGAUGCGUCUGGUGCAGAUCAUGCAGGACAUCUUCGGCGACCGGCUCCUCAGCGAGGAGGUCCGCCGCCAGGGCCACCUCGAACAGGCCGGUGCCGGCGAGCACGUCACCCUGGCCGAUUUGGGCUCCAAGAUUGCCGUCAUUGUCGAGUACCACUGGCCCGGCGAGGAGGAGGAUGAGUCCGACGGAGGUUCCACCGAGGGCGAGGGCGAGGACGAGGGCGAUGACGGCGAUGACGACGACGACGACGGGACGGACGAGACGGACGAAAAAGAGGCCCAACGCCGCUACCGCGAGGCCCGCCGCACCGCUGCCCCCUCGGCCCACAUCAUUCCCGAGCUCUCCGAGCUAGGCGUCUACGCCCAGUCGGUCAAGCCGCGGGACAACUCGUGGUUCGACCCCAGCGGCGGCGCCUUCGUCGGGCCCCACCACCACCUCAUCAACGUGUCCGAGUCGGGCCUCCGAUCGCACAUGCCCGCGCAUAACCGCCUCAUCGCCGAGCACAACGCCCACCACCUCAUGCGCGUCUACCCCAAGGGCACGCGCAUCUCGUCGCGCAACCUCAAGCCCGUGCCGUUCUGGGGCUUGGGUGCCCAGAUCUGCGCCCUGAACUGGCAGACUUUUGGUGCGUCGAUGCAGAUCAACGAAGCCCUCUUCAGCGGCACCGACGGGUUUGUUCUGAAGCCUCGCCACCUCCGCCCGGACUCUGGUGCCGAUGCCCCCGAUUCUCCCGAUUCUCCCGACUCGCCCGACUCGCCCGACUCGCGCAAGAAGGACCAGCGCCGCCGGCGCCACCGCCUCCGCCGUCGUCUCCGCCUCCACGUCGCCGGCGCCACCGACGUCCCCAUCCCGGCCGGCUCCGAAGCCGCCGACGUCAAGCCGUACCUCACCUGCACCCUCGUUCACCCGAACGACGUGUCGGGCAAGCCGCCGAAGCGCAAGACGUCCCCGUACCGCCAGCACCGCUUCACCAGCUUCCUGUGGGACCAGAACGAGAACCCGCCGGCCACCGACCCGCUCUGGGACGAGGUGCUCGAGUGGGAGUACGACGAUGACGACGAGAGCGACCUCGUCUUCCUCCGCAUGCUCGUCAAGAGCGAUGAUAGCUGGGCGACGAACCCCAUUUUCGCCGUGGCGGCGGUUCGGCUGCUGUAUGUCACCGGCGAGUGGUGUUUCAUCCGCAUGCUCGACCUCAAGGGCCGGGAGACCAAGUGUUCGGUGUUGGUGAAGAUGGAGAUUGGGGAGGUGGAGGGUGGGUUGGACAGGUUUUUCCGGAAGUAG